AUGGCCGUUGAUCAGGGCGCCAUAUCAGCUCCAGCUCCAACACUAGUUGUGCAGUUCCUUCAUGCAGGCGUUCAACUUGUUGGUCAACUUUAUGAAAUCCAUAGCCUUCCCAAUGGCGAGCAGCCUGUUGAGGGAUGGGAUGCAUGUAGCUUACAUACCAAGUUGACCACGCUGAGUGACAGCAUAGCGGGUAGUUGUCUAAGGGAGAUCGGACCACUGUCGGAACAGGAUCAGGCGAUGGAUGGCCUCCGCAAUACCUGUCACCUCAUUCUUCAGAUUGUUUGA